AUGUUUCUCCAGAACUCGGCAAUGGAGUUGUACUCCUUGUCGUGGAACACUCUUGACCACGUUUCGGAAAGGACGUUGUGGAUGUUUUGGCCAAGAAUAGAGAUCUGGUUGGACAGCUUGCUCAACUUGAGGUCCGAGUCCAACUUCAUCAACUGGGAUGGGAACUCAGACAGGAAAUUUCUGAACUCGAACGAAGACCGGUCGUCUUUGGUCUCGAUUUCAAAAGUUGGUUGUAUUUGGUCAAAGAAGCUCUUCGGGCUGUCAACUCCAUUUAUUAUGACAACCAAUUGA